AUGUCCACUCUAGAAGAAUUGGAAAACACCCAGCAAGAUGAUUUAAUAGAUAAGGAGAUCUUGAACUCCUCUACCUCCGACAUUAACAACAGAACCAAGUUAUUGGACAAUGAUAUCAAGGUAAUGAAGUCAGAGUCACAGAGAUUGACCCACGAGAAGACGGUGAUGUUGGAGAGAAUCAAAGACAACCAAGAGAAGAUCAAUAAUAACAAGCAAUUACCUUACUUGGUAGGUAACGUGGUUGAGUUGUUGGAUCUCGAUGUGGAGAAAGAAGCGUCUGAACAGGGUGCAAACGUUGAUUUAGAUGCCACCAGAGCUGGCAAAUCAGCAGUUAUCAAGACAUCUACCAGACAAACCAUCUUCUUGCCAUUGAUCGGGUUGGUUGAUUCCACAAAAUUGAAGCCAAAUGAUUUGAUUGGUGUCAACAAGGAUUCGUACUUGAUUUUGGACACCUUGCCAUCUGAAUAUGAUUCCAGAGUCAAGGCCAUGGAAGUCGAUGAAAAGCCCACUGAAGACUACUCUGACAUCGGAGGAUUGGAUAAGCAAAUUGAAGAGUUGAUAGAAGCUGUCGUGCUUCCAAUGAAGCAAGCAGAGAAAUUCACAAAUUUGGGAAUCAAGCCUCCUAAAGGUGCAUUGAUGUAUGGUCCACCAGGUACUGGUAAGACUUUACUAGCCAGAGCAUGUGCAGCCCAAUCUGGUGCCACCUUUUUGAAAUUGGCAGCUCCACAAUUGGUCCAAAUGUUUAUUGGUGAUGGAGCCAAAUUGGUUCGCGAUGCGUUUGCAUUGGCCAAGGAGAAGGCCCCUACUAUCAUUUUCAUAGAUGAAUUGGAUGCCAUCGGUACCAAGAGAUUCGACUCUGACAAGAGUGGUGAUAGAGAAGUUCAAAGAACCAUGUUGGAAUUGUUGAACCAGUUGGAUGGCUUCGGUUCUGACGACAGAGUCAAGGUAUUGGCAGCUACUAACAGAGUCGAUACUUUGGACCCGGCGUUGUUGAGAUCCGGUAGAUUGGAUAGAAAGAUUGAAUUCCCAUUGCCUUCUGAAGAAGCCAGAGAAUCAGUGUUAAAAAUUCACGCCAGAAAGUUGAAUUGCGACAACACCUCCGUUAACUGGAGAGAGUUGGCCAGAUCUACAGAUGAAUUCAACGGUGCUCAAUUGAAGGCCGUGACUGUCGAAGCAGGAAUGAUUGCAUUAAGAAAUGGAAAAUCUAUUAUAAAACAUGAAGAUUUUGUUGAAGCUAUAGGAGAAGUCCAGGCCAGAAAGUCCAAGUCUGUGAACUUUUAUGCUUAA